AUGAUCUGGAUCAAAGUUCCUCAGUCCUGCCAAGAGCAUGGAAAAUGGGAGAUGAUUUUGAGUUUCUUUCCAGGAACCACAGAUGACAUGUUCUACGUGCAAUAAGCUAAGAUGUCACAGACUGUGUCAACUGGGGAGACAAUCACCUUGAGUUGCAGUGUACCAGAUUCACUCCCAAGUGGGCCCAUCUUAUGGUUCAAGCGGACUGGGUCAAACCAGGAAUUAAUCUACAAUUUCAAAAGAGGUCUUUUUCCCAGAGUAAAAGAAAUUGGAUACAACACCAAAUUGGACAACACAGACAUUUCCAUCCGCAUCAGUGAAAUCUGUCUUGCAGAUGCCAGCACCUACUACUGCGUGAAGUUCGAGGAGGGGAAACCUGACAGGGAGUACCAGUCAGGUUGGGGCACCCAGGUGCCUGUUAUUGGAUGA